GGGUCAUAUGACAUCGCAGAGAUCUUGUGACGAGGGAGUGAUUGUGUUUUGCUAGAAAAGAGCCUGAGCAGCGCAAAACAAAGCGAAAAUGAGAUACACUCUCGGUUACAUUUUCUCGGCGUCCUUCGUAUCGGUGGCCACCGUAUUGAUCCUGUACCAUGUACUCACGGGCAAGGGUGAGCGGGUCAGUGUAGGAUGGUUCCUGGAGGAAACUUCCCCGUACAUGUGGGCCACCCUCGGAAUCGGGUUCGCAGUCGCCCUGUCCGUGGUUGGUGCGGCUUUGGGAAUCCAUACGACCGGAGUGAGCAUUGUGGGUGGUGGAGUUAAGGCCCCGCGCAUCAAGACGAAGAACCUCAUCUCCGUCAUCUUCUGCGAAGCAGUAGCCAUCUAUGGGCUGAUCACCGCCAUCGUCCUUUCCGGUAUGCUGGACAGUUUCAAGUGGUCCGUCGUGGCAACCAACGAGAACGUCCGCAACAACAACUGGAUGUCCGGUUAUGUAAUGUUUGGUGCUGGAACGGCCGUCGGACUGGUCAAUCUGUUCUGCGGUAUCGCCGUCGGAAUCGUUGGUUCCGGUGCAGCCCUGGCCGAUGCAGCCAACUCGGCACUGUUCGUCAAGAUUUUGAUCGUUGAGAUUUUCGGCUCUGCCAUCGGCCUGUUCGGAUUGAUUGUCGGUAUUUACAUGACCUCGAAGGUGAAGAUGGGUGACAAGGAGUAGGAAGGUACAAAGCAGAACACCAAUCGUAAAGCACAAUUGCUUCCAACAGAAAUGCUGGGUCAACAGUAACCAACAGAAAUCAAUUCCAGAAGUAUUCCACAACUCAACCCUUCUCUCGGUUGGAACUAUGAGCAAAGAACGCAUAUUGGGUUUAAGAUGAUUGUUAUUUAAUUUGCUAGUUUACAAUUGAAUCCUCGUCGAUCGCCGUUCUGCGAGGGAAGAUUACUUACUGCUUUUGGCCAUUCCAUACCUUCCAACCGACAUCGUGAAAAGUAAGAUCGUAAACAUCUGCUCAUCUUACACGAUAUACUAAGAGCUGCGUUGUGUAUCAAACCGUAGAGCGUAGAAAAUCACUGUAUUUUUCCUUGUACAUAAACGCGGCACAGACUGUUAACGGUUUGAUUACUUUUGUUUUGUUUUGCAUAAUUUUUCCUCCUUUCGUUUGUUGCGUUUAUCUAGGAUCGUCGUGUAUAGAAGAAAAAAAAACUUGAUACCCAUCAUUAUCCAUCCCUAGCUUAAUUAUGGAUCC